AUGUCUGCAGACGACCAGCAGUUUCUAGACGUUGUGCUCUCGCACAUCCCACCUCAGCUGAAGCAGUACUCCAACGAUGUCGCCGACUAUAUAGACCACAACGUCGACCGGGCUGCCGGGGUCGUACGCGAGACACUUUCACAAGUAAAAUGGCUGCCGGAUUCCAUGAAGCCCAUCCCUCCGGCGAGGCCAGCCGUCGCCAUCGUGUCAAUGAGUCGCUUUGAAAGAGUUCAGGAUUGGGUAUCGCGGCACAAGAUCCUGACGGCUGUUGUCGUCGUCACUUGUGGCACGGUUAUAUUCAAGGGCUAUCAGACGAGCAGAUCGAUGAGGAAAACGAGACGAGCGAAGCGGGCGAGAAACGGCGGUCGAACAGAGGUGGUGGUUAUUGCUGGUUCACCAAACCUACCCCUAACCAAGUCUCUGUCUCUUGAUAUGGAGCGACGGGGAUUCAUCGUGUACAUUGUAUGCAAUGCUACCGAGGAGGAAAACAUGGUGCACUCAUUAUCUAGACCAGACAUUCGACCGCUUAGCAUCGACACCACCGAUCCUCCUCAAGCUGGCGCCGCUAUCGAACGUUUCGCCGGCUACUUACAAGCUCCCCAAGCGCCCGGGCCGCACAUCAAACCAAACUCGUUAACGCUCAAAUCCGUAAUCCUAAUCCCCAGCCUACACUACCAAACGUCACCCAUAGCGACGAUACCACCGUCGAGCUUCGCCAACCUAUUCAACACGCAUCUGCUCCAGCCGAUUCUCACAAUCCAAGCCUUCUUGCCACUACUGACAUCACGUCUGCAACCUAUUGGCGAGAAAUGGAUCCCGCCCAAGGUCCUCGUCUUCACACCCUCCAUCAUCUCCUCCAUCAACCCGCCUUUCCACGCCCCCGAAGCCACGGUAUGCUCUGCUCUUUCAGCCUUCACCGAAGUCUUGACGGCUGAGCUUCGACCCCUUGAUAUCCCCGUUACGCACAUGCAGCUUGGCACAUUCGACUUCUCCGGCUUUGUGCCCUCGAGACCGGGCGUACCUCAACGAGGACUGGUGUCCGCUGGCAAUCCUCAAGAGCCCCUGGUUUGGCCAGAUGGCGCACGACACGUGUACGGGCGCAAUUUCAUCGCACAAACCAGCUCUGCCAUUUCUGGAGGACGCAUCCGCGGCUUGAAAGGCAGCUCGCUCCGGCGUCUGCACAACGCCGUCUUCGAUGUCAUGGAUGGUUCUCUGACUGGCGACUCGGUUCGUGUCGGCCUUGGUUCCAGUGUAUAUGGCUUUGUUGGACGAUGGGCUCCACGCGGUCUCGUUUCCUGGAUCAUGGGCAUCCGGAAAGUAGACGAGUUAUCAACAUGGAAGACAAGUUCCUACGACGGCUCAGAGCGGGAGGAAAGCGAGGAUGGCGAGGCGGCGACAACGUCUUCAAACGAGUUUGUUGCUGUUCCGUCGGAGCGCAACGUAUGGAGCGCUGACGCUACGGAGAGCAGUCUCUGGGGCCAUUCGGUGUCAGGAUCUCCACGUGCAUGA